AUGGAUCCCAGUACCAGUGCCCAAAAUGUCACCCGUUGUGACCUUUGUGAGACAGCUGUAGUACAAAUGUACUGUGAUUUAUGUGAAGUCAAUCUGUGCAUUCGUUGUGUAGGAAAACAUAUUUCUGAUGACUAUGACAAACAUAAAGUGGUCCCAUUUCAAAUAAGAAAAUCAACCUUGAUUUAUUCCAAGUGCACAGCACACGAAACAAAAAGAUGUAAAUUUCAGUGUAAAGAAUGCAACAAAUUCGUGUGUUCUUUGUGUACAAUAUCUGAUAAACAUAAAGGACAUAACAUUUCAAAUCUUUUGGAUACAUUUCAUUCAAAGAGAGAAGUCAUAGAGAAAGAUACCAAAGAGUUAAUAAACGUAAUAUCUCCAACCUAUGAAGAAAUUGCCACUGAUAUAGAAACUCAGAUUGCUAAUCUGGAUGGAGAAUAUGGAAAACUUUCAACAGCAGUAACAAAACAUGGAGAAGAAUGGCACCGGGAAAUUGACAAAAUCGUCAUAAAAUCGAAAACAGAAAUAGAAGUUAUAAAAUCUCAUCAUAUAAGUAUUCUGAAGAAACAUUUAGAUGAAAUUAAAGAAAUACAGAGUCUAAUUAAGCAAACAUUGUUUCAACUAAAUAGAAUAGUUGAAUCAAAUGAAGUGUUUAUGACUUUACAAUACAGUUCUAAACUCAAAGAAUUAAAAAGGCUUCCUUUUAAAGUUAAGGUAUUUCUGCCUAUCUUCAGUCCAAAGUUAAAAAAUACAGAAUAUCUUCAUACUUUGUUUGGAUUUUUAACACCAUUAUCCAACAAAACAGAAGAAAAUGGUUACAAACUGAAGAAACCAGAAACACCAACCAGGAAACUACUGGAAGAACCAGAAAUUAUCACUACUAUAAAUACUGGGUAUGGUAACCUCUGCAGUGUUACCUGUCUCAGUGAAGAAGAAAUCUGGACAAGUGGAUAUGAAGUCAGUGAUAUAAAAUGCUUUAACAUUCAAGGCUCACUUAUCAAGUCAAUCAAAACAAAAUCAGGGGAAUGGCCACGUGAUGUAGCAGUGACAGGUGAUGGGGAUCUAGUUUACUCUGACUGGGAAACAAUGACAGUGAAUAAAGUGAAAAAUGGACAGACAGAGGAGAUGAUCAGACUACUGAAAUGGAGACCUUUCAAACUCUGUGUCAUCACCUCUGGUGAUCUCCUGGUUACCAUGUACAGUGAUGAUAAAAUACAAUCCAAAGUUGUCCGUUACACUGGCUCCAUAGAGAAACAAACAAUCCAGUUUGAUGAGGAGG